CCCGGCGCAGCGCAGCCAAUGGCCGGGCGCGGCCGGGCCAGCAGGCUGCGGUGCCAUAUAGUAUUGCAGCGGGGCUGGGAGUCACGUUGGGGGGAGCUGCAGAGAGGAGCCCGUUUAUACUACUUUGCUAUAGCAGCUAUCUUUAAUGGUUAUUGCGUGGCCAGGAGGAAACCUGAUCGGCUAGAGCCGGCCGAGAGCAGGAGGAGGAGUGGACUUUACAGAGAGAUAGGAAGGGGGGAGAAGGGGACGGGGGGAAGAAAAAUAAAGUAAAAAAAAAAAAAAAAAAGAAAAUCAAACCGAAGUAUGUCUUCUGCCUCCCCCACGGACGAGAUCACGAGCGCGGUGGAGAUCAAGCAGGAAAAUGUAAUGGAAAUCCUCUCUGAAGCCAGCAAGGUGUCCCCCGACGGGGCCGCGGCUGGAGCCCUCAACCCGGCGCCGCCGCCGCCCCCUCCCGCCGCGGCCCCAUUCCCCAUGGAGCACACGGGCUCAGCCGCCGCCGCGGAGGAGGGAACCACGGACCAGGUACUGCUCCACACGGAACUCCUGGCCAGGAAUCACCACGCUGCCUCCUCUCCCUCUUCUUCUUCUUCCUCCUCCUCUUCGCAGACCCCCCUGGCUUUCUCCCCGGACCACGUCGCCUGCGUCUGUGAAGCGCUGCAGCAAGGGGGGAACCUGGACCGCCUGGCCAGGUUCUUAUGGUCUUUGCCCCCGAGCGAUCUGCUACGUGGCAACGAGAGCCUAAUGAAAGCCCGGGCGCUGGUGGCUUUCCACCAGGGCAUCUACGCCGAGCUCUACAGCAUCCUGGAGAGCCACAACUUCGACUCCUCCAACCACCCGCUCCUUCAGGAGCUCUGGUACAAGGCUCGCUACACCGAGGCGGAGCGAGCCCGGGGCAGACCCCUGGGGGCGGUGGACAAGUACAGGCUGCGGAGGAAAUACCCUCUGCCUAGGACGAUUUGGGACGGCGAGGAGACCGUCUACUGCUUCAAGGAGAAGUCCCGCAACGCGCUGAAGGAGCUCUACAAGCAGAACCGGUACCCCUCGCCGGCCGAGAAGCGCAACCUGGCCAAGAUCACCGGGCUGUCCCUCACACAGGUCAGCAACUGGUUCAAGAACCGCAGGCAGCGGGACCGCAACCCUUCCGAGACUCAGUCCAAAAGUGAGUCAGAUGGCAACCCUAGCACAGAAGAUGAAUCCAGUAAGGGGCAGGAGGAUUUAUCUCCCCAUCCACUCUCCAGCUCAUCUGAUGGUGUUACCAGCCUCAGCCUUCCUGGCCACAUGGAGCCCGUCUACAUGCAGCAGCUCGGAAACACUAAAAUAGCCUUGAGCUCAUCUGGUGUCUUGUUGAAUGGAAACCUUGUGCCUGCCAGUACCUCUCCCGUCUUUCUCAAUGGUAGCUCUUUUCUUCAGGGACCCAAUGGUGUCAUUCUCAAUGGACUCAGCGUGGGGGCUUCGCAGACUGUUACCUUAAAUUCGCCCAAAACCACAUCAAGUGUUGUGAGCAACGGGGUAUCCAUUACUGAUAUACUGUCAUCUUCAUCAGAGGAUGUUAAGGACUUCAAACUCCUUCAAGCUUCGGUCCCCAGUGCCACAGCAGCCACCUUCAGCCCCAGCAACAUCCCAGUCUCAUUCCCGGGAUUGAUACCAAGCUCAGAGGUGAAAAGGGAAAGCGUACAAACUGCUGCUUCACAAGAUGGAGGCUCUGUAGUUACUUUUACUGCUCCUGUCCAAAUAAACCAGUAUGGCAUUGUCCAGAUCCCCAAUUCAGGAACAAAUGGCCAGCUGCUGAAUGGAAGCAUUGGUUUUUCUUCUCUGCAGCUGCCUCCUGUUUCUGUGGCAGCUUCACAAGGUAAUGUUUCAGUAAGUCCCAGCACAUCUGAUGGGGGAACUUUUACGACUGAAUCUUCAACAGUGCAGCAAGGAAAGGUUUUCUUCAGUCCCCUCACUCCAAGCGCAGUUGUUUAUACAGUUCCCAAUUCAGGCCAGGCAGUAGGCUCUGUCAAGCAAGAAGGACUGGAAAGAAGCCUUGUGUUUUCUCAGUUGAUGCCAGUCAGUCAGAGCACGCAACUAAAUGUAAACAUGUCUUCUGAAAAUAUAUCCAGCGGAGGACUCCAGUCCCUGGCCUCCUCAUUAGUGAAUGUAACACCUUCACAUAAUUUUUCCCUCACACCACCUACCCUUUUAAAUGCUGCAGAACUGAACUCUGGUAUCUCGGAGAGCCAGUCCAUGUCAUCACCUGUGACCAGUACCUCUACAGUGAUAUCUAUCAGCAACACUAACUAUGCAACCCUUCAGAACUGUUCCCUCAUUACCAGUCAAGACUUGUUGUCCAUUUCUACAGCACAGCCCACGAUUGGAGAAAUAGUUUCUACAAGUGAAGACAGUGUCAGCCAUCCCUCUGCACAAGUACAUCAAGAUUUUGUCAGAGAGCAAAGGUUAGUUCUGCAAGCUAUACCUGGCGUCAAAGAGAAUUUCUUACCUAAUGCUGAGAGUAAGUCAACUGGCAAUUUAAUGAUGCUGGAUUCAAAAUCCAAAUACGUUAUGAGUAACAUCGUUGACACAGUUUGUGAAGAACUGGAAACGGACAAAAAAGAACUUGCCAAACUGCAGACAGUUCAGAUGGAUGAAGAUAUGCAAGACUUGUAACAUUUUUUCCCCUGCUUUCUGUCUUCAAUGGAUAAGUCUCCUGUUGAGGCCCUAACGAACACCAAGUGGGGUUCUUUUUUUGUUGGUUUUUUUUUUGUUGUUGUUUGGUGGUUGGGGUUUUUUUCAUUUAAAGAAAACAGGAACAUUUAAGUGAUCUGCAUCAAUGUACAGAGGAAUCUCCAGUGAUGGAAUUAGGUUGCCGCACUUGGUUUGCAUGCAGUGUUCUCUUUUGAGCAGAUUAAAGGAGAAAGAAAAUGCCAGAGAAAGUACUGAAUGAAUGGGGACAGGUUUGACUACAAGAUACUACCCUGAUAAUUUAACUAAACUCUCCAUAGUACAACAUACUCUCAACAGUAAGUAUACACUCCUGACGUUAGACAGAAAACACAAAUCUCGCUCCAAAAAGGUAGAAAUAAUGCAGUCAUUUUUGCUGUUUACUUCUAGUUCAUGGGCAUUGAGAAAUUUCUAAGGAACUCUUAAGACGAUACCUUACUGGGUUUUAUGUUGUUUGAGGUUAAGAAGUGAAACAAAAUCAUCAAUAAUAUUGUUACUGGUGUGUUUGCUUUUUCCCAGAAGACUUGCGUUCAAACCAAAAAUCUUGCAUCAAACAUUUACAGGUUUGUAAGUGCUACAGCUAGCGUUUCAUCAGUGCACCAGAAAAAACAGCAUAUGAAACUCGGAAGCCUUCUUUCCAGUAUGAAUGUAAAUAUUGUUUCAGUUCUUAUAAAGGAGACUUUUUUUUAAAUUAGUACAAUGGAUUUUAUUUAUGGUUUAUGUUCCCUUUCAAUUUAGACACAAUGCAUUGAAAAGGUAAAUGUUUUCUGGCUGUUUAAUUUAUUUUUAUUGUUUGAGCAGGAAGUAAGCAUAGUUAUUUCUGACAAGGUUUUACUUUUUGUAGUUUUUCAAGCAAUAGACUGUAAAAGUAAAAAUGUUAAUCACACUGACACUAGAAAAUGAACUCCCCGUCUCACAAACCCAGGAGGCCCCUGUCUCUACCCCUUCUGUCUUUAUGUUCAGGGGUUUUUUGUUUGUUUUGUUAGUCAUUUGCAAAUUAGUUGAACCUUUUUGUGUAUUUUUUACAGAAUUCCAUGUGCCUUUCUUCCUAGUGGCCUUAUCUUUGUUACUAAAGCACAGUGGCAGGAGGAAUAAAAACACUGACUUGCAAAUAUCCGUCCUCAGGGCCAAAUCAUGAUGCCUUACUUCUGCAAGUAGACCCGCUGACUUCAGUGCCCCUGCUUGCAUGAGUAAGAAGAGUUUUAAGUCUUUCAGUCAUCAUGGGUGACAUUUGCUAGCAGUGCAGAGAGCCAAAGAUAGGUCCUUCUGCACCAUGUCAGCAGGGCAGGAGGAGUCCAGAGAGGCACCAUGGGCAGAGCCAUCAUGCCAAGGGGGGAGGUCUUGGCUCCAGCCUCGGGCAGCUGAGCAGGAAACACUGGAUGGGUAGGCCAGGGAAGGGAGCCCCAUGUCUACAUGGAUUCAUUGGCCAAAAAGCCCAUGUGGGAGGGCUUCAGCUGCUCUUCAGGCAGGCAGGCCUCCAUCCAGGAGUGCACUCAAGUGUGCAUUUAUAUAAUCUUCCAGAAGAAGCAGUGUGGGGGCUGAUGGUGGGAACUGCAGCUGCCCAAAGGGCUCGUGGGAGCAGCCAUGGUCUCAGCUUGGCUGGUGGUGUGUCUCCUCUCCUUUCGCAUCUUGGUGCUUCGCUGGGGACGCAGAAGCAGGCAGGCCGUGGGCAGGUCGAACAGAUCUUACCUUUCCUCCAGAGGAAUUUUUGUAGCAUGGAAAAGCACAUCCUUAAGCUUUAAAAUAAGAAUGCAGAUGUAUGAAAAUGACAUGCUGUUAAUCAUUGUGGUUUUGUUUUAUUAUUUUUUAUUCUAAUGUGAAUAUAUACGGUAACUAAAGCAUGUAUUCAUCUUCGUCAGGGGCCUGGUCUGAAGUUUUUGGAAGGCAAUGAAAAAUGUUUUCAUAAGCUUCUGUGGGUUCUGAAUCAGGCUCAGGACAAAACAAGAUCACUGUAAAGGACAAAAAAACACCUGCAAGGAAAAAGAAUAGAUAGGUAGUGCAUCCCAGUCUGUUUCUGUCUUCGUUGUUAACUGGUUCUGUGAAAAGCCUUUGAGGAAUGUUUUUUUUCUGUGCACCAUAAGCAUGGCAUAGGUAUCCUCACUAUUGUUUUGCACUAUAUUGAAUGCAGUGUGCAAGGUAUUCUGUGGAACCUUGAGUCUGAGCUCUGUUGGUAAGCACUGCAGUCCAUGCUGCAAGCCAGAGCCAAGGGCUGCAGGGAAAAGUACAGGGAAGGGGAAGAGCAAGUGUUCAAGGGGUGCACUGUGCAGCUGUACUGAGUCACCGAUUCUCUGCAAACAGAAACAGCCCAUUAGCAGUUGGCUGUCCCCACGUGCUCCCAAGCAAAAAGAGUGUUUAAGGCAAGUGCUUUAAAGUGGAGAUUAUCACAAGCAGAACAGGGAGCUGUAUUUUCCCCUGGCACAACUUCCCUUGACAUUCAGGGGAUCUCCACGUGAGCAGGGACCCAGAUAGGCCAGAGUUCUCCUCUCUGCUCUGCUUGUUUAUCUGUUUGCUGGGUUCCAGCAUGAGCAAUCUGUUUCCCACCUCUUCACACGUAAAACUAAGGUGAUGAUGAUGACAAUAACAGUAGCUGCUUUGCGUGAAUUUAUGCAACUGUUUGGAAAAUUUGAAGGACCGUGUAUCAUUGUCAUGUUAAUGGAGAGCAUAUGCGUGGCUCUGAAGGGCUUGUUUCUGGCUUAAUGUUUGGUCUGUGAAGCUCAGACUAUAUUUGGAGGCAAGCUAGAGAGUAUUUCAGAGCAAUAAGUUGUUAAUGUGAUCUGGUCUUGUAACUGAAAUGACUGUGGUAUUCCGCCAGUACCUGUUACUUUUAUUAUUUUAUUUUUUUUUCCUCCUUUGCAUUUGUUGUGUUACUGAGCCUCUGAAUCCCAUGGCUUCGCAGCACAGUUGACAUGAAAACUGUGUAUGUUGUUACAGUGAUGCACGUUUUGGAGUGUUUGGUACUUCUAAUAGGAGACUUCCCACUCUUCAGUGGGAGUAGAGGAUGUACAUAAAAGCUGUGGUUUGGGGCAAAGUAAGAUUGUUCUAUUCUAGUCUUCCAGAUACCAAGUAACUUAUUAUUAAGUUUUACUUUUUCUUUCUCCCAGUGAAAAUAGGUGUCAUUCCCUCCAGAUUAAGGUAGUUACAACCUCAUGUUUUCUGCAGGUACAUAUGCACAAUAUAAAGACUCAUUGCACGGUACAGUGUUUUUAAAAUAGAUACUUAAAUAGUAGUUUUACUCCUACUGUAAAAUAAGGGUCAGUUUAUUAUGUGGCCCUCAAGCAAGCAGGUUAACUGCUCUAAGUAGACAGUACACAAAGCCCCUAAAAGCAUCUGGGGCUGGAUCUUUAGCUGCUGUAAAUAACGCAUUGCUCCACUGAUCCCCAAACUGAGGAUUUUACGUGGUGUUUAGGAGGUAUGGAUGCUCAUCACCCACACACAUAAAUGGCAGUGAGUGUCCAAGCUCCACAGACAGUCCUUAUUAACACAUUCUGUUGUUUAAAUGGAAGGUAUGUCUAUCUGGCAUAUGUAUUCCUUCUCUUCCCUUACUCCCUCCCUCUCUGUUACAAACGAGAAUAAAGAAUCAUUUCAGCUUUAUACAUGUUUGCAAUUUGUAAGUCCACUGGAAAUCUUACAGGAAACAUUGCCAAUUUCUACUACUUACCUGGUCCCAGAUUCAGCUUUGAAAAAGACGCUUAAAGUUUAAGCAAAUGCUACAAAACAUGGUGUUAGAAAACCCUUUGCUCUUUACUACUUCUAAUUAAAGCUGCCUCUGUUUCACCCAGAGUUUUGCAGAGAGCCAGAAAUAACUUAAAUUGGGCGCUCUUUCUGGACUAUUUGCAGCAUUAUUCCUGUGGUCUUACCUAAAAGGACAUUUCAGCCACAUAAAUCACAGACAGCUAUUGGCCAAGUCCUCAGCUGGGCUAAACUAGCACAGUUCCUUUGACUUUAAUGUUCUUUCACACCAGCUGAGAAUAUGGUCCAUUCAUUUCACUGGGGUUGGAUCAGGGAUGGAUUUGACCCAGUAUAUGGUGGCAGUAUGAACCAGUGCACAAGACUGACACUCAGUUAUAACUGAAUGAUCAUGGUCUAUCAAAGCAAUAUACCUCUUUCAUUUACUGCUUUACCCUACGUGUGGAUUCAGGAAGGUGCAUUCAGAAAGGUACUUCACCCAAAAAUAAGGCUGGAACCAUCUUUAUUGUUAUUACUGUCAGUCCCAGAUUAAUUAAAAUAAUGGACAGAUUCUUACUUCAAAUCCUGCAAAUUCACCUCAAUAACUGUUUUCAGUUAAAUAAAGCAGGGCAGAAUUUGGCCAGUGUGCACAGGAACCAGUGCCUGUGCAUCUUAGCAAGGGCAGAUGAACAACCAGGAAGGUGCAUCCCUCCAUUUUCAUAUGAAAUAUGUGUGCAGGACUCCGGGGCAUGAGUGCUUGUGAUCGAGAAGCAUCUCAUAAAGAAUAGUAAUUUCAUAACUCUGGAAACAAAGGUAAUGGCAUUUUGCAAGCAAGGAGACCUGAAGUUUUUCUGUAUCUCCUAGCAGUUAUUGUCUUGAAGGAUAUUUUAUACCUUACUUGUAUGUUUCAUAUAGUUUAAAAGUAGCUUCUUAAAUUUCUGAACUCAAGGAAGGGGUGAAUCUUCUGACUUUCAGGAUUCACAUUCAGAGGAUGUUUGUUCUUCUGCUGCAUGUGCUGUUUGUCCAGAACUAACUAGUUAUUUCUGCGAUAUGGGUUUAUUGUGCCUUACAACAAAUAUAAAAUUUAAGCGGAAUGUACGCAUUAGAGGAGGGAAUAAUCAGAAGACUUUACUGCAGUUAGGUGAUGCCACCCCAGAGUGUGUCAUCAAACAUAUCUGUGCUUAAUUACCCAACCAAAGAGAUCUAAAGUAUGUAUGUUUGUUGUACUGUAAUAGGGGUUUGUGCCUGGACAAUUAAGUGUUUUAUUUGUAUUCUGAGAUGAUGUGAACUUAUUUUUCUAAACACUAUACUGAAUAAACUUUAUAUUUAUACACA